AUGUAUCUCGGCGAUGCGGACCUUAGCCAGGACAACCGCGAUCGCCUGGAGGCCCUUAGUGCUGUUACGACUCGCAACAUGGCCCAGAUGACGGGUCACACCGGAAUGGAGCUAAACAGCUACGCCAGCAAGCCGUUUUCAAUUCUUCUAUCGAGCUUUCGAGAAGCCCUGUUCAUUGACGCGGACUGCUUCUUUUUCCAGAACCCAGCAGCCCUUUUCGACAGCCAGUGGUACAACGAGACAGGGGCGUUGUUCUUCAGGGAUCGGCGAGUAGGUCCGCACCCGAGAAAAGAGUGGCUGGAGCAGAUACUGCCGGAACCGGUGUCCGAGAAGGCGAUGGGGAGCCGAUUCUGGACCGGCGAGAGCUCGCAUGAGCAAGAGUCUGGCCUAAUUCUCGUAGACAAGUGGCGCCACUUUGUGAGCCUUCUUCUGGUCACCCGCCUCAACGGCCUCGAGAGAUUCUCUGAGAACGGGGGCGCUGGUGUCUACGAGAUGGUACAUGGCGACAAGGAGACAUUUUGGCUGGGCUGGGAGCUGGCCGGCGACGUGGACUAUAGCUUCCACCCCGGCGCCGUCGCGGGCAUGGGUGCUGCUCGAGUUGUUGUGCCAGAGCGCGGGAACCAGACCUCACAAGCCGACGAAGCGAAGCUUGAUUACGACGUGUGCAAGCUCUGCUCGUCGCAACUGCUGCACAUGGAUGCGGAUGGUAUGCCCCUCUGGGUAAAUGGCUGGAUCCUAGGGAACAAGAAUCAGGACCCCCAACACUGGGAGUACGGUGCGUGGCAGCACUACGCCGUCGAGCCACCAACGAACUCCUCCCAAGGCGCCCUGGAAUGGGAGCUGGGCCUAGACAACUACUGCUGCAUCACGGUGGCUUGCCAGGGAAAGCGCAACUUUACCGAAGAGCAGCAGGCGAUUUUGGCGGUUCUGAUCAACAAGGCGAUGGAGGUGGGCGCCAGCAUCCGCGAUAACCAGACGGAUACAAUCACUUGACGGCGCUGGGAAGACGGUCAAGUAUACUGUACCAUGUUUUCACGCCCGCCUGGUCCAAUACGUCUCGGCCAUGCGCUCGUCCGUGGCGCGGCAUGUACAUUUGCGAUUUUUCUCGGUGGGCAACUAUGAGGUACGUGUGGCAAUUGUGGUGUAUGGAGACAAUGUUCUUGUUGGGUCGAUUCAACGCCGAAUUGUUACAUGUGUCGUGCGAGGGUUCGCGAGAUGGGUUGAUUUGCGGCCUGGCGCCCUCAUUGGUUUACCGCAGCA